ACCUCCCAGGGCCCAUAAAAUGUCUCCUCAAUAGACCGAAGAUGUGAUGUUCAUCUUUCUCCACUGAACCAUUCCAUUUUCUUUCAAGUUCCUUCCCCAUUUCUUUCAACCCAUUUAUUGCCAAAAAUUGUCUAGAAUUUUCGAAGUUCUAUUCUCUAUAAAUUUAGGGUGGACUUCAUAUGAACAUGAAUUCUUCUGCAACGAUGAUGUCCAAUGACGUUGCAGAAGGAUCGAUUAGAUCCAGCGGCGAGCAGCAGCCCCCACCGGCACCACCUCUAAGCAGAUAUGAGUCUCAAAAGAGGAGGGAUUGGAACACUUUUGGACAGUACUUAAAGAAUCAAAGACCUCCAAUUUCAGUUUCACAGUGCAAUUGCAACCAUGUUCUUGAAUUUCUCCAGUACCUCGAUCAGUUUGGGAAAACUAAAGUUCAUUUACAAGGUUGUGUGUUUUUUGGACAACCUGAUCCUCCUGCACCCUGUACUUGUCCUCUUAAGCAAGCUUGGGGUAGCCUUGAUGCACUGAUCGGACGGCUAAGAGCCGCUUACGAAGAACACGGCGGAUCACCUGAGUCGAACCCGUUUGGGAAUGGAUCAAUCCGUAUGUAUCUGAGGAAAGUGAAGGAGUGUCAAGCUAAGGCUAGAGGAAUUCCGUACAAGAAGAAGAAGAAAAAGAAGAAAAUUAUCAAUCCACACAAGGCACAAGAGGAGCAGCUAAACAUUAAUCCAAGCAAUAAUCCAGAUAGCUGAUUUUAAUGAUGUCUGAAGACGAAAAAUGGAUUGAGAUUGGCAAGUGACUAGGGUUGGAGGUGAAGAGGGACAGAGGAAGCCUUGCUUCAAGACUUGAUUUUAUUUCAAGUUUAGACAUGAAUGUAGUCAUUAUUAAGUUAAUGUUUAAUACUUAUAAUAUGAAAAUUAUAUUAAUAAUGAUAAAAAAGACACGCAGAAAGAGGCUACCUAGAUAUGCUUUUAUAUCUUAGAAUAUUGUAAAUUACAGUAAACAGUUACCGUAUUUCAAGUCAUUACUCAAUUUCCAUGAACAAAAUGUAAUAUCUCUGGUCACAUACUACUUAUUAGUUUUUAUAGAUACAUGAUCUAUAUUUUCACGUUUAA